UUUCCUGAAGGGUUUGCCCUUGGACGCACCAAUUUCAACACGUUUUCGAUUUAGUUCGCAUGAAUUUCAGCUUAUGCUACAAUACAACGAAGCCGGUGUCAACAGCUGAACAUGAGCUAUGAAGUGAAGCAAUCUACGUCAGUCCAUCGCUAUCCUCCCUAUCUUGCGAAUUCCCCAACUUAUCAUCUGACCGACGUGCGUGGUCUGCAGUCUGCACUCGCAGAGGCCCCGACCAACCAGACAGCCCCACGCAGAGAGCAUCAACAAGGCAUCAGCAGCAGGCAGUGGCGUGAGCCAUGAGAGCCGCCGCGGCGGCCCUCGCGCUCCGUAGACUUCUUCACCAGCGCAGCAGCAGCGUGAGGUCGCAGCUGCAGAAUCAGAAUCGGUCCAGCUGCUACUUUAAUCCCCACUUGGAUUACCCUAAUCCCCUCGCCCGAGCUCGCGCGCUACUAAAUCCGUCGCCAUGCCGCCCCCACGGGUCGCCUUCGCCCUCGCCCCCGGCCGUGGCGGCGUCCCUCCUAUUCUCCACACUCUCGGGGACGGAGGAGGAGGCGGUGGUGCUGGACAUGGAGGCCGGCACGGUGCGGUGCCCGGCCAACUACGCGCCGCUGUCGCCGAUCAGCUUCAUCGAGCGCGCCGCGGCGGUGUACGGGGCCCGCGCCGCCGUGGUGUACGGCGAGCGGCGGCACACGUGGGCGGAGGCGCGGGACCGCUGCGUCCGCGUGGCCGCUGCGCUCGCCACCCGAUUCGGCGUCGCGCGCGGGGAUGUGGUGGCAGUCCUUAGCCCAAACGUGCCGGCGAUGUACGAGCUGCACUUCGCCGUGCCCAUGGCCGGCGCGGUCCUCUGCACGUUCAACACGCGGCACGACGCGGCCAUGGUGUCCGUCCUGCUCAAGCACUCCGGCGCCAAGGUGUUCCUCGUCGAGUCAAACCUCCUCGACGUCGGGAGAGCCGCGCUGAAGCGCCUUGCCGACGCCGAGUCCAGCGCCGCCCUCCCGGUUCUCCUGACCAUCUCAGACGACGCCGAGUCCGACGACUACGAGGACCUCGUCACGAACGCCCCCGCGCGGUUCGACAUCCGGUGGCCGGCGAACGAGCUGGACCCGAUCUCGCUCAACUACACCUCCGGCACGACGUCGCGGCCCAAAGGCGUGGUCUACAACCACCGCGGCGCGUACCUCAACACCAUCGCCACGGUGCUCGCGUACGACAUCACCGCCAUGCCCACGUACCUGUGGACCGUGCCCAUGUUCCACUGCAACGGCUGGAACCUCCCGUGGGGCGUCGCCAUGCAGGGAGGCACCAACGUCUGCCUCCGCCACUUCACAGCGAAGGUCAUCUUCGACAGCAUCGCGCGGCACGGGGUGACGCACAUGGGCGGCGCGCCGACGGUGCUCAACAUGAUCGCCAACUUGCCAGCCGCGGACCGCAAGCCGCUGCCGGGGCCCGUCCGCGUCAUGACCGGCGGCGCGCCGCCGCCGCCGCGCGUCCUGUUCGCGGUGGAGGAGCUCGGCUUCGUGGUGUACCACAUCUACGGCCUCACGGAGACGUACGGCCCGGCGACCGUGUGCACGUGGAUGCCGGAGUGGGACGCGCUGCCGGCGGAGGAGCGGGCCCGGCUGAAGGCGCGGCAGGGAUCCCACCACAUCGCGAUGCAGGACGUCGACGUCAAGAACCCGGACACGAUGGAGAGCGUGCCGCACGACGGCCGGACGCUGGGCGAGGUGAUGUUCCGAGGCAACACCGUGAUGAGCGGGUACUACAAGGACCUCAAGGCCACGCAAGAAUCGAUGGCCGGCGGGUGGCUGCACUCCGGGGACCUCGCCGUGCGGCAUCCGGACGGGUACAUCCAGCUCAGGGACCGGGCCAAGGACAUCAUCAUAUCGGGCGGCGAGAACAUCAGCUCCAUCGAGGUGGAGUCGGUGAUCUUCAGCCACCCGGCGGUGCUCGAGGCGGCGGUCGUGGCGAGGCCAGACGACCACUGGGGCGAGACGCCGUGCGCGUUUGUCAAGCUGAAGGACGGCGCCAGUGCCACGGAAGCCGAGAUCAUUAGCUUCUGCCGGGAGAGGCUGCCCCAUUACAUGGCGCCGAAGACGGUGGUGUUUGAGGAUUUGCCCAAGACGUCGACGGGGAAAACUCAAAAAUUUGUUCUCCGGGACAAGGCCCGGGCUAUGGGCAGCCUGACAAAGGCUGCCAAUAGCAAACUUUAAGACUAUUUGGGUGAUUAAGUGACACAUUGUUCUCGUAUGAUUGUACCGUGCAUUUCAUUUGGAGACUGCAAUGUCGCCCUCCUAUAUAUCAUGCUUGAAAAGGACUUUAUUCUCA